UUGGUGCCACUGAUGAUGUCAGUGACACCAAUGACACCAAUACAGUGAUCAGUGCUAAUAAAAAGCACUGACACUGUAUUAAUGGCACUGGGCAGGAAGGGGUUAACAUCUGGGGUGAUCAAGGGGUUAACUGUGUGCUGUGUAAGGGCUUUACACUGUAAGCACACUGCUUUGUAUGGCUCUGCUACGCAGAGCCAUACAAAGCAGUGUGCAGGAGCUGACAGGGGAGAGAUAUGUGCUGUUUAUACACAG